AUGUCCGCCAGGUUAAAUUGGACAAAAAAGAACUCGGAACUCGGAACAUCUCCUGCCACUCAAUUUCAAAACCUCCAGCCUCGAGAUGGGAUUGGCUGGAUGCGAUACAAAAACACCAACAACCAAACUCCUAACGAAAACAACCAUAUCACUUCAACUCUAAAUACUACUUCAAGUAAAUCUACCAGUACUUAUGACCAGUGCACGAGUACUAAUGCAAAGGUCAGAAGUACUGAUAAUCAGGUCACUAGUACUGAUAAUCGGACGAAAAAUGAUGUGAUGAGACAGAAUAGGGCGGUAGUUACUGGCCAAGGCCAAUCCGACACAAAUUUGAAAAUUCGAAAUUUCGAGAUUUCAUACCUGAGGGAAGAUGGCGUUAUGUGUGGCGGGAAAAAGCUGGCCGGUCACGUGACAUUCCGGAAUGACGAGGAAGUUGCUGUGGAAAGCGUCCUCAUCAUUUUCCUCAUCUCACAUUUUCCCGGCUGGAUUGCAAUCCUUCCCAUUUUCAAUCCAACUUCCGGAAAACCUCCCACACACCAUUUCCGGCAUAACGAUGAUGGUAAUGAUGCCGACGAUUUGGUGGUGAUGAAACACUGGAAGGAGUUUAUUAUUAAGAAUGAAGUGAUGUUCAGCGAGAAAGCCCUGCUUCCGAUUGAAAAGAUCACGAAUAGGCAAAACCAAAUAUUUGGCCUGCUGACACUCAGUGACGUCAGAGGAAAGUGGAAAGUAAAAAAGACUGGGUUUUUCCCGGGCGAGUCCAUAGAAGUUCACGCCGACAUUUUCAACGGGGGUAGGGUCAAGGUCGUCGAAAACAAGGUCACGCUCGUUCAGCACAUCCUCUAUAAAAGUCAUCGCUGCCCAGAUAAUCAAAUUUCCGAACGUAAGAAACUCUCCACUAAAUGCAAGAGCACUAUUUUAACCGACGCCUGGGGCUUCUGGCGAGAUCAAAUUCCGAUCCCUUCUAACGCCACACCAACGACCAAUAAAAUUGCAGAAUUGAUCGAGCUGUCAAUCAAAUUAGCUCCGCCCCUCAAACCAAUCAGAAGCGAGAUUGACAUAAUAAUUGGGAACUUGGAAUACCCAGAUGAAGCUAUAAAUAUCAUUCAAAACAUAAACAAAGAAACCAACAACAACAACCACAAUAAUAAAAAUAACAAGAAUAAGGAAAAUAACAACAUUAAUAAUAAUAAAAUUUGUUAUAAUAAUAAUAACAUUUCGAAAAUAUACUAUAAUAAUAAGAUUUUAAGCGAUCUGAAUUUAUAUUUAGAUGAUGAUAAAUCAUUCUUCUGA